UCUAUCUGUACUGUCAAUGACGAAGGAAUAGCCAAAACAUCAAACUUAAGAAGUCCGGAGAAAGCUCAAAAGAUUCCCGGAGAUUGUUUCACCAUCCUUGGCACAACGGGAUCAAUGACAGGCGAGGCCGAUAAUUGAAUAAAAGGAUCAAAUUUUAUUCAAGCAGAUUUUCCCCGAGUGACAUUGACUCGACAUUUUCAGUGGCUUCUGUGACCUGCUGGCUGGUACACCACAGUUUUAAUACAUCUAGUUCUUUCACGGCUUUCACCUCUCUCUCAGUGUUGAAUUAUUCAUUAGCUUUGAAUAAUAAAUCGGACUUUGAUACGACGAAGACAAAGACUCACAUGACCAAAUUCGAGCGACAAAACAAACCAGCGCUGAGCGAAACAGUGUGAAGAACGCCGGGGAAAAACUCUUCCACGCAGGAAAUAAUCCAUAUCGAUGGAGAAUUUCCUCUCCUCUAGAGCAGAGAGCUACAAGACGACGGCUAUAAAGUGUUGUGGGGGAGAUGAAACAACCUCGGUGGACAGCUCCAAGUCGUGUACCAUGCUUGAAGCUGGCGAAUACGUGGAACAGUUGAGCUUUUGGCAGCGGCCGAGACAGAAAGUAGACUUGGAAUUUAUAGAUGUGAGCUAUCGAAUCAAGUUAGGAAGAAAAGACUACAAAGAAAUCAUUAAAGAUGUCUCAGGCAAGUUCGACAGUGGUCAACUGGUCGGUGUUCUCGGUCCUUCAGGUGCAGGCAAGUCUACGCUCAUAAACAUACUGGCUGGUUACAGGACGAAAUUCGCGGACGGUUCAAUCACCGUGAAUGGCAACGAGAGGAACCUACGUCAGUUUCGUAAGAUGUCCUGUUACAUUAUGCAGGAUGACGUGUUGUUACCACACCUGACAGUCAUGGAGUCCAUGAUGGUUUCUGCAAAUCUUCAUCUACGAGAAAGUAUGCCUCUUGAAGAUAAAGAAAGAGUGAUCAAAGAAAUCCUGAUCAACCUUGGUCUCCUGGAGACAGCAGACACGCGGCUUAGUGAAGUAUCAGGUGGACAGAGAAAAAGAGUAGCCAUCGCGCUGGAGCUCGUCAAUAAUCCCCCGUUAAUUUUCCUUGAUGAACCAACCAGUGGUCUUGACAGCUCGUCUGCUUAUCAAUGUAUAUCUCUAAUGAGAACACUCGCUCAUGGCGGUCGAACAGUAGUUUGUACAAUCCACCAGCCCAGCGCAAAGCUCUUUGAAAUGUUUGACAAGUUGUACAUCUUGGCUGAGGGCAACUGUUUAUAUGAAGGCCCCGUCAAUGGUCUGGUUCCACACGUUUCCGCGCAGGGACUCGAAUGCCCCAAGUACCACAACCCUGCUGAUUUCAUAAUCGAGGCUGCUUCCGGCGAAUACGGUGAUAAAGUCAUCCCAAACCUCAUUAAAGCAUGGAGAAUACACGUAGAUGAGUUGCGUAGGAAGAAGAGUCUUACCUACACCCCUGAGAACACUAAUAACACGUGUAGUAGUAAUGGAAAGGAUUCCAUGGUCCAGAUGCUACCGGACUGUAGUGUUAGUACUAAGACUAGUACUGACAGUCUAGGGCUUAUCGAAGCUGUUAGUCAAACUACGCAGUUCGUAGUGCUGUUCAAGCGAGCAGUCCAGUCGAUUCUACGAGACCGAGUCUUCACUCACCUACGAAUUAUAUCCAUAGCAGCAGUGGGUCUUCUGAUUGGCUUGCUGUAUCUUGGUAUUGGUAACGAUGGCAACAAAGUCUUCAAUAACACUGGAUGUCUCUUCUUCUCCCUACUUUUUCUCAUGUUCACGUCACUCAUGCCUACUGUUCUUACAUUUCCAAUGGAGAAGCUGGUGUUUAUAAGAGAACAUCUGAAUAACUGGUACAGUUUAAAGUCUUAUUAUUUGGCAAAAACUAUGGCAGACGUACCCUUCCAGGUCUUGUUUCCUUUGAUCUACUGCACAAUAGUAUAUUUCAUGACAGAACAGCCACAUGAAGGAUUAAGAUACACACAGUUUGUGUCGAUCACGAUACUCACAUGUCUGGUUGCUCAGUCCAUUGGCUUACUGAUUGGAACAGUAGCGCCCAGUCUACCAACGGCAGUUUACGUAGCUCCAGUAACUGGCAUCCCAGUGCUUCUAUUCAGUGGAUUUUUUGUGAACUUUGAUACCAUUCCUAACUACAUGCAGUGGCUAACAUAUGUAUCGUAUGCGCGGUAUAGCUGGGAAGGGACAGUUGUAGCUAUAUAUGGUAACAAAAGAGGACCCUUGCACUGUAAUAAGGGGGAGAGAUGUAUUUUUAAGAACAGUGAAGACGUCAUGGAUGCCAUGGAUGUUAGAGAAAGUGCAUUUUAUCUUGAAGGCGCUAAAAUUUAUUUUGACUGUUUUGUGCUGGCUUUAUUCUUUGUGGCUUUAAGACUGGCGGCAUAUUUGGUUCUGAGAUAUAAAGUGAAAAGAUACCACUAAUCCAGUGGAUCAAUAUCCUGACAUGCCAUUCAACACCUACUGAAUUAUGUCCCUAGCUGCGAAGGGCCUUCAUGCAUCAGGGACCUUCUGGGAUGGACCCAUGUUGAGCUGGACUUAGCAGGAAAGGCCCUGACAUAAAAAGGACUGUACAAGCCAGAAGGAGGAAACGGCAGAAUCACAUUAUAAAAGUGUUAGGUGUGUCAGUCACGUGAGUGUUCCAGUCACAUGACUGUUUCAUCAUCAUCACUAUAACUAAACAAUUUUGGCCUCAAAUUAUUAGGUACGAGUAUUAAUGUUAAAGUUUCUUCAUUGUCCAUUUUUAAAUGUCUGGGUGGCGUAAUGCAUCCUUGAAAAUCUUUGUUAUAAUGUUUUAAUGCAA